AUGGCGUCGACGUCGGCUGCGCAGGCCGAGAUGGUGGCGAGUCUGAUCGGCGAGAAGGUGCUGGAGACAUUAGACCAGAAGGAGCAGAAGCUGGACGAGACCAUCAAGAAGCUUGAAGAGGCAGACGACGACGAGCUGGAGCGACUACGCGAGAAGCGGCUGCAAGCCAUGCAGCAGAAAGCUCGCAAGUCGCAGGAGUUACGCGCGCUGGGUCACGGCGAGUACUCGACCAUCGCCGACACCCACGAUUUCUUCGAGUCCAUGAAAAAGAGCGACAAGGCCGUAGUCCACUUCUUCACGCCGGCCAACGCCUUUUGUCAACUAAUUGACGACCACUUGGCACGUCUAGCCCCGCACCAUCUCGAGACCAAAUUCGCUCGCAUUAAUGCGGAGAAAGCUGAGUAUCUCGUAGACAAUCUUGGAGUCUGGAUGAUGCCAUGUAUCGCUCUAGUUAAUAAGCAGAAGGUGGAGAAAAUGGUGCAAGGUUUGGAUGAACUGGGAGGCUCGGACAAGUUCUCCACUGCCUUCUUGGCGUAUUACUUGGGUCUGCACAAGGUGUUGACGUAUGAAGGCCCAGAGCCGGAGAGUCCAUCGGACGACUGUGGCGGGGCAUAUGCAACAGGGAAUGACCCAGUGGCAGCGAAGCAGCAGCUGGACCAGGAACGGAUCAAUAGUAUCCGUCAGAGUAUCUUCUACGACAGCGAUCUGGAGGAAGACGACUAGUGCAGGACUCUUGACACUAACUGUCCAUACUGAUUGUGGACAAAAUAUGAAAUAGCUACUGUA